AUGCGAAUUGGCAUCAUCCAGGCCCUUGUGGCAUCUUGCGCCGCAAGCCUUGCGCUCGCCACCAACAGCUUCGAAGACAAAUGUCGUGGAAUUGCCUCGCAGCUCGACAUUAGCAACGGCACGGUGUGGUUCUCGCAAUAUGUUCCAGCCGGCACAGACCUAACUUUCCCUAACAAUAAUUACCACCCGGAGGCGCUAAUCUACACGCCCGGUAACUUUACAAACUGCCUCACCGGCGUCCAAGCAAACGUCGUCCGCGAGAUCUUCUCCCCGCUUUACGGCCUCGACGGCGCCCUCGUCUACCCGCGCAUGCAGCCUAGCAGCGAGCUCUUAGACCUAGCCACACUAAACGCAACCGACUACGCGAACGCCGCGCGCAUUAACCCAGGCGGCAUCAAGACGUGGGAGGGCGACCUUACUGCGUUUAGGGACAGAGGCGGCAAGCUGCUACAGUAUCACGGGCUCAUGGACAGCAUUAUCUCGAGCAAUAACUUAGCGCGGUAUUAUAGUCACGUCUCGCGGACUAUAAACUUGCCUUCUAAGGCGCUUAAUGGGUUUUACCGCUACUUCCGCAUCUCGGGUAUAGAGCACUAUAGGGGCGGGCCUGGCGCGUGGGCUAUUAGGCAGAGCAGCGGUAAUGCGACGCUAGAUCCGGAGGGGAGUAUUCUAACGGCCAUGGUGCGCUGGGUGGAGAACGGGACGGCGCCGGAGAGGAUCGUCGGGACCAAGUUUAUGAAUAACACGGCGGGUCUGGGCGUCGCGUUGCGGCGCGCGCAUUGCAAGUACCCGACACGUAACGUUUACUCGGGCACGGGUGAUCCUACGCAGGCGAGUAGUUGGAGGUGUUUAUAG